AAAUAAAAACUCUAGAAAAAAAAAAGAAGAUACAACCUGUUCAAGUCAGUCAACAACACAAAUCUCUGUUUUUUUAUUUUGGAAGACCGGAAAACGGUUUUAUUUCCCACCGUUGAGCUUUAAACGACUUGAAAGUUCAAAAAACAAAGUCCAAAACGACAGAGAUCCAAACGCUGUUUCCAUUUUCUUCAAUUUCUCUCUUCACCGUGUGGCAAUCUUAUGCUCGAAGUGUGACAAUGAAUAUUUCAUAAAGUUGCUUCCUGGUUGCAGAAAUCUUGAGUUUUUAUACAUGAAGCCUGAAGGUGAUGCUUGUAACUUUUGGUAGUUGCUCAGCUGGACAGCAGGUUGAAAAUGAAGGCCGAAACACCCCAUUUGACAAGAAUGAAGAAAUGGUACGGUGGUGCUCUAGUUUCAUCUUUGUUUAUGUUGUUGCUGCUGAGAUAUGGUUUUAUGAAAAAUCCUGUUGAAGAAAGCUACUUGAUGAAUCCCUUCUCUUCUAAUGGAACAAAUCCACUUGAAUGGGUGCGUUUUACAGCUCCACCUGCACUUCAGAAUCCAGGAAAUGCUUCUCAAGUAAUUUCUAUUGAUGCCAUAGCCUUCAGUCUCUUUGCCCAAAGGAACCUCUCCAAGGGAGAGCAACAGUCUUUGCUGACCUGGAAUUUAUUGAAGAACUUAAUUAACCAUUCUCAUGCUUUACCAAAUGGAGUAGAGGCUAUCAAGGAAGCUGGAAGUGCAUGGAAUAGCUUGAUGGAUUCAAUUGAAGAGGAAAAACAUGGUUAUGUGAAUGAUAAUUCAUCUAGGAAAGCAAAAGAGAAGCAGUGUCCCCAUUUUCUUAAUAAAAUGAAUGCUACAGAACCUGAGAGUCACUACAAGUUGCGAGUUCCUUGUGGCCUCACUCAAGGUUCUUCCAUUACAAUCAUUGGCAUUCCAAAUGGUCUUCUUGGAGAUUUUCGCAUUGAUUUAACAGGGGAAGCACUUCCAGGGGAGCCAGACCCACCAAUAAUUUUGCAUUACAAUGUUAGGCUUCAUGGGGAUAAGAUAACUGAGGACCCAGUAAUUGUCCAAAACACCUGGACUAUAGCUCAUGAUUGGGGUGAAGAGGUGCGUUGUCCACCUCCAACUCCUGAAGAGAAUGAAAAAGUGGAUGAGUUGGAACAGUGCAAUAAGUUGGUUGGUAAAGAUGAUAACCGGACAAUUAGAGUGCACUCCCAUGGUUUAAGAUUGCCUUUACUGGGGCUGCAAGGGGUUAAACCCAGAAGAUAUUUUCCUUUCAAGCAAGGUUCUCUUUUUGUUGCAACACUUAGAGUAGGACCGGAGGGAGUACAAAUGACAGUUGAUGGGAAGCAUGUAACAUCCUUUGCUUAUCGAGAAACAUUGGAGCCAUGGCUUGUUAGUGAGGUUAGAAUUUCUGGUGAUGUGAAAUUAAUCUCUGUGCUGGCUAGUGGUUUACCUACUUCAGAGGAUUCAGACCAUACGGUUGAUAUAGAAGCACUUAAAUCAGUUCCUCUUUCUCUUCAAAGACCAGUGGAUCUCUUUAUUGGUGUUUUCUCUACUGCCAAUAAUUUUAAAAGAAGAAUGGCUGUGAGAAGAACAUGGAUGCAGUAUCCUGAAGUCCGAUCUGGGACAGUUGUAGUGCGCUUUUUUGUUGGUUUGCAUAAAAGCCAUAUAGUGAAUGAUGAACUCUGGAAUGAAGCACGGACAUAUGGAGACAUACAGCUGAUGCCUUUUGUUGAUUACUACAGCCUGAUCACCUGGAAAACCUUGGCUAUUUGCACCUUUGGGACAGAAGUUGUUUCUGCAAAGUUUGUCAUGAAGACAGAUGAUGAUGCGUUUGUUCGUUUGGAUGAAGUCAUGGCUUCAUUAAGCAGGAUAAAUGUAACUCAUGGAUUGCUUUAUGGACUCAUUAACUCAGAUUCCCAACCUCAUCGCAGUACAGAUAGCAAGUGGUUUAUUAGCCCUGAGGAAUGGUCUGAAGAGAAGUACCCACCUUGGGCGCAUGGUCCUGGUUACGUGGUGUCCCAUGACAUAGCAAAGGCUGUUUACAAGAGGUUCAAUGAAGUGCGCUUAAAGAUGUUUAAACUCGAAGAUGUGGCAAUGGGCAUUUGGAUCGCGGAUAUGCAAAAAGAUGGUUUAGAAGUCCAUUAUGAGAAGGAAGAGAGGAUCUUUAACGAGGGUUGUAAGGAUGGUUAUGUUAUUGCUCACUAUCAAGGUCCAAGAGAGAUGAUGUGUUUGUGGCAGAAACUCCAGGAGACCAAAAGAGCUAGAUGCUGUGGUGAUCCAUAAGCAUAGGCAGACUAAUUUAAGGUAUGCAAUGGAUUUUUAGGUUAUUCGGCAAACAAUAACGGCAACUACAUUUCAUAACGAGCACUUUCCCAGUGCUAACUUUAACUUGACCAGAAAUAGAUGAGGGAACCAAUCAGUCAUUGCCGGUUUGAUUGAUAUGGGUCAAGAAAAUUCGGAGUAAGAGAAGGAUGUCUCGGUGGGUUUUUGUUUCUUUUAUUCUUUUAAAGUUUUUUUUGAUAUUAGGUAGAUGGGGUUGGUGAUUAAAUUGGUGUAUAAUUAGCAAUAUUUUUGUAGGGGAUACAUAGUAAUCAACAUGACCGAUUAGAAAAUGGUAGAUUGGUGCCUUGUAUAGAGAAGCCCAUAGCCAACAUAAAUAUGCAGGUUUUACUCAAGUUCAAUCUCAUGUACGCCUAUGUUGUUAUUAUUAUUAUUAUUAUUAUUAUUAUUUUGAA